AUGCAUGUACUCGGAUCUUUGCGCCUGGCCUGCUACCAACUUCUGCUUCUUGGAGUAUUGGGAAAGCACAAUAAUACUCAUCUACAUGGCGCACGGACUAUAUUGGCGCAUUUCUCCAGCCCGGACCGAACACACCGGCCGCCCACCUACAUGAUGCAUCUCUAUCGGAAUUUCAAGAUGAACCAGACGCGUCCCGUGGAUUAUAUGGACCACGAGCAAGCGGACACAAUCCGGAGCAUCCUGUCUAAGAGAUUGACCAGUCAGGGCAGACACUACGUCACAUACUUUGACCUCUCGUCUGUGCUCUCCGAGCGUCAGAUACAAGCUGCCGAGCUGAGGAUUCGUAUCCCCAGAGAAACGAGCCAAACCAACGUCACAGUGGAGUUCAGGCACCAGCAGGACGUCCCGUGCCACCAGCAUGACGUCUGCCUGCAGAACCAGACGUUAGGCGUGCUCUCCGGAACCUCUCUGUUGAGCUCCUCUCACCACUGGAGAGUCUACAACGUCACAGACCUGCUGCUGGACUGGACCGGCUCAAAACUCUCCCACACCACGCCCCGCAAGACAAAGAGAGCCGUGAGAUCCGGCAGCCACGCUCUGAAAAACACGGAUGGCAUCCACCACAGAGCCAUGCUGCUCAUAUACUCACACACGGCUUCACGACAGGGAACGGCAGACAAGGCCAGUCUACUGCACACGGCCGAGAAGUCCAAGUUCUUAUUUAACACCGAAGGUAAAGAGGUGCGCAGGGAGAAAGCGCACAAAAGCAAGAGGGGCCGGAGAGGUCAGCCCAUGAGGAACCCGGAGCUGGUGAAGAAUCAGGUUGACAGAAGCUCUCUGUGUAAACGAGUGGACAUGCACGUAGACUUCAAUCAGAUCGGAUGGGGCUCCUGGAUCGUCUUCCCUAAGAAGUACAACGCCUACCGCUGCGAAGGGAGCUGUCCGAAUCCUCUGGGCGAGGAGCUUCAACCCACCAAUCACGCUUACAUGCAGAGUUUGUUAAAGUACUACCAUCCGAACCGAGUCCCUGCGGCCUGCUGCGCGCCCACCAAGAUGAGCCCCCUCAGCAUGUUAUAUUAUGAAAACGAAGAGCUAAUCCUGCGACACCACGAAGACAUGGUCGUGGAAGAGUGCGGCUGCAUCUGAUGGAUGGAAAUGUAAAAUUUUGUGUUGUGGGUUUGUGGGAAGAGCGAUACUGUACGAGACGCGGCAGUCGGCAGCAGCCAGGGCAGGUGGUUUCCUCCAUGUCAAUUGCCAAAUUGCCCGUCCCGAGAACAUCCUAAAAGCCCACGGGCAACAGGAAGCACAGCCUGCAUCAUUAUCCAGACAACUGUUCCAAACAUUUAUGGGCCUUGAAAAGAAGCAGUUAAGAGUGAAUAGGAAAUAAUAACUGUUUAAAUGGACCAUCACAAGCACUGUCAAUGUAUUUACAGUAACGCCGUAAGGUGGAGACUUUAUGUAAAUAUUUAUUG